GAGUCAUCGGCUGAGUAGCGGUAUUUCAGGGAAUCGUGGUUACAUUUUGUGACUGAGUAACGUGUAGUGGUCGCAGUAGUCAGUCAUUAUUUUCUUGGCUUUCAAGAGCAAUCAGACCUACCGAGUAAGCGAAUAAUUUAUCGUGCUUUGUUUCCUCCAAACGAAGGACUUUAAAGUAAAGUACGGGACUCGAACGAUUCCCCAAAGCAUCAUACUUCUUGUGCAGUAAGCUGAAAUGGCAGCUCUGCAAGGACAUGAACAUAGACAGCAUCCAGAACAGACAGUAGUUCCACUGUACCCGCACUGGCGGGCAGUCUUCAACAAGUACGAUCUGGAUAACGAUGGACGAAUAUCAUUUUCAGAACUCAAGAAUAUCAUCAAUAGUGAAUCAUACGAGAAAGAUAUACCAGACUCUGCAGUCAGGGAAAUCAUGAGACGAGCGGAUCAGGACCAGAGUGGAUAUCUGGAAUGGAAUGAAUUUGAGAAGCUGGUGCACAUGAAAGAGUUUCACAGCCUAUUUGGUGUAGCCAUUAACAAGUACAUACAUGCAACAGUGGUGCCACGAUCCAGGCUAUCUCAGGUGGAUCAGGUGGAUGGGACAGGGGAGUAUGAGGAGCAGUACAGCUGCUGGCCCCCUGCUGUCUGCAUGAUCAUCAUCAGCAUUGUAGAGGUGAUUACAUUCCUGUUUGAUGUUGUUACUAUGGGAACAACAGCAGCAGACGGUCCUGCUGCAGUGGCACUUAUGUAUGAUCCACAUAAACGAUACGAAGCCUGGCGCUACCUGACUUACAUGUUUGUUCAUGUUCGUCCAUUCCACUUGAUUGCAAAUCUUCUAGUCCAGAUACUUCUUGGGAUACCAUUAGAAAUGGUGCAUCAUGGAUGGAGAGUUCUGAUAGUUUAUUUUGCUGGAGUAAUUGCUGGUUCAUUGGGGACCUCUGUGUCUGAUCCAAGUGUUUACUUAGCAGGUGCAUCAGGUGGUGUAUACGCUCUAAUUACAGCACAUGUGGCCACAAUAAUAAUGAACUGGAAUGAGAUGAAGUUUGCGAUUCUGCAGGCUCUUGUAUUUUUUAUCCUUGCUGGUAGUGAUAUUGGAUCUGCUGUCUACAAUCGUUAUGUCCUUAAGGAAAAAACACAGAUUGGGUAUGCUGCCCACCUUGCUGGUGCUGUCGCUGGAUUGCUUGUCGGAAUCAAUGUUCUGCGCAAUCUACAGGUGAAAUACUGGGAGAAAGUGUUGCGUUGGACUUGCAUAAUCCUAUAUGUUGCACUGAUGCUUGCUGCCAUAAUCUGGAAUGUAGGAUUCCCUGAAUAUUUUCCAGAGUCUGCGUACAGCACAUAGUGCUUUAUAGCUGCGACUGAGACAGAAACAUCAGCUGAUGCAAACAGUAAGUCAGAAGCGUAAAGUUUUUUCCUUUCAGACAGUGCACAAGACGACUGUCCACCCUGGUUUCUCUCAUUAUGCCUAGCUUUUUAGGUGAUGUUCUGGCCAAUUGGCAGACAUUUUGAUUAAAAAUAUAUUGGACAUAAUUUCUAAUUGUUGGUGAUUAUGAUUAACUCAUGUUGGUUGUGAAAAUAGUGCCCAUUGGAAUUUGUGUGAAAGAACUCAAGUUAGGAAGAAAAGAAGAAGAAAAGCUGGAUGCAAGUAUGGUGAAGAGACCCUGUGGUGAUAAAAUCAUGGGGAUGGGUACUUUGGGUGAGUCUAAGAUGCAUCAGAGAACUAGGCGAUCAAAACCACUGCCUAUAGAAGUUGGUAUUCACAGUUAAAGGUGUAUAAGAUAUACCCAUUGUUUAGAAUACAGAUUUAAAAUUUUUUACAUGUCCAGCACAGAUAGUCGUCAGUGAAACUACCCACCAAAGAAUAUAAUAGUCAGCACACACACACAACAAUAGUAACAUGUUUAAUUUUGUGUGCUGAAUCUAUAAUUCAGAUUAG